AUGCCUCCAAGGUCCUCUGCAGCUCUCCGCCUGUGCUACUACAGAGGUCUCGCAUACCCCGGUCCGCGUUAUUUUCCUUCCCUUUCUCUUGUAUCUACUCUCGCCUCUGCGGCGAUUGCCCCUCCUUUCUCUUCUUCGCUACGACUGCGCCCGAUUUGUUCUCUGCAUCCACUACCAGGCUCGUGGACCCGUCGCUCCUUUUCCCGAUCCGCUUGCGCUCCUUUCUCGGCUGGAAAUUUAACGAUGGGUUCGAUCGAACAUCUUACGGAGAGCCUGGAGAAGCCAGAGCUGGAUGAUCGCUCUUAUCGGGUUAUACGCUUACCAAACAAGCUGGAAGCCCUCCUGGUCCAUGAUCCUGAUACCGACAAGGCUAGCGCAUCUGUCAAUGUCAAUGUCGGAAACUUUUCAGAUGCAGAUGACAUGCCAGGAAUGGCUCAUGCAGUUGAGCACCUGCUGUUCAUGGGAACAAAGAAGUUUCCCAAAGAGAAUGCCUACAACCAAUACUUAGCCUCGCACUCUGGCUCGUCAAACGCCUACACGGCUGCCACUGAAACCAACUAUUUUUUCGAACCUUCAUCCCCACUAUACGGCGCGCUCGAUCGCUUUGCCCAGUUCUUUGUUUCUCCUCUGUUCUUAGAGUCGACGCUGGAUCGCGAAUUGCGGGCCGUGGAUUCGGAGAACAAGAAGAACCUCCAGAGUGAUCUAUGGCGGCUGAUGCAGCUGAACAAAUCUCUGUCCAACCCGGGUCAUCCGUAUCACCACUUCUCCACCGGCAACCUGAAGACCCUGAAGGAAGAUCCUGAGAAGCGUGGUCUGGAGGUCCGCAGUGAAUUCAUCAAAUUCUAUGAAAAGCACUAUUCGGCAAACCGAAUGAGGUUGUGUGUCCUUGGACGAGAGUCGCUGGAUGAGCUCGAGAAAUGGGUUGAGGAGCUGUUCUCCGAAGUGGAGAACAAGGAUCUGCCGCAGAAUCGUUGGGAUGACGUUCAACCAUGGCGGCCUGAGGACCUAGGUGUGCAGAUCUUCGCGAAACCGGUCAUGGAUAAUCGGUCGCUGGAUAUCUACUUCCCAUUCUUGGAUGAGGAAUAUCUGUACGAGUCCCAGCCAAGUCGGUAUAUCAGUCACCUGAUCGGUCAUGAAGGCCCUGGUAGCAUCUUGGCUUAUAUCAAAGCAAAGGGAUGGGCCAAUGGCCUGUCGGCCGGCGUCAUGCCGAUUUGUCCAGGAUCUGCCGCAUUCACAAUCUCAAUUCGGCUGACCAAGGAGGGCUUGCAGCAGUAUCGUGAAGUCGCCAAGGUGGUUUUCGAGUACAUCGCGAUGCUGAAGGAACGCGAACCGCAGCAGUGGGUCUUUGACGAAAUGAAGAACCUGGCCGAAGUCGAAUUCCGCUUUAAGCAAAAGUCCCCCGCCAGCCGAUUCACAAGUCGUCUGAGCAGUGUCAUGCAGAAGCCUAUGCCCAGAGAGUGGCUUCUAAGUGGAUCCCUCCUGCGGAAAUUCGACCCGGAGCUCAUCAAGAAGGCUCUGGCGUGCCUUCAACCCGACAAUUUCAGGAUGAUCGUUGUGUCUCAGGAACAUCCGGGAGAUUGGGACUCCAAGGAGAAGUGGUAUGGAACCGAGUACAAGGUCCAGAAGCUACCGCAAGACUUCAUGGCCGAUAUCAAGAACGCAUUGGCCACGACGCCAGAAACGAGAUUGUCUGAACUCCACAUGCCUCACGAGAACGAAUUCGUUCCAACAAGGCUGUCGGUCGAAAAGAAAGAUAUUUCGGAACCUGCCAAGACGCCCAAGCUGAUUCGUCACGAUGAACAUGUGCGCCUGUGGUUCAAGAAAGACGAUCGCUUCUGGGUGCCGAAAGGCACGGUCCACAUUACGUUGAGAAACCCGCUGGCGUGGGCUACCCCGGCCAAUCUGGUGAAGUCCAAGCUUUAUUGUGAGCUUGUCAAGGAUGCGCUAGUAGAAUAUUCAUAUGAUGCCGAACUGGCGGGGCUUGACUACCAUCUCUCCGCCAGUGUAUUCGGGUUGGAUAUCUCUGUUGGUGGCUACAACGACAAGAUGGCCGUUCUCCUGGAGAAAGUGCUGACGAGCAUGCGUGACUUGGUAGUCAACCCUGACCGGUUCCACAUUAUCAAGGAACGCUUGUCUCGAGGAUAUCGGAAUGCAGAGUAUCAGCAGCCGUUCUACCAGGUUGGUGAUUACACCAGGCACCUCACCGCUGAAAAGACUUGGAUCAAUGAACAAUACGCUGCUGAGUUGGAGCAUAUUGAGCCGGAAGAUAUCUCGAACUUCUUUCCCCAGCUGCUUCAGCAGAAUCACGUCGAGGUCCUGGCACACGGCAACCUUUACAAGGAGGAUGCACUGCGAAUGACCGACCUGGUGGAGAAUGUUCUGCAAAGCCGUCCUUUGCCCCAGUCGCAGUGGCAUGUGCGGCGCAACAUCAUCAUCCCCCCUGGAAGCAAUUAUGUCUAUGAACGCACGCUUCAAGAUCCUGCCAAUGUCAACCACUGCAUCGAGUAUUAUGUUUAUGUGGGAAGCAUUCGAGACGAUAUCCUUCGCGCGAAGCUUCUGCUGUUCGCGCAGAUGACGGACGAACCUGCAUUCGACCAGCUUCGGAGUAAGGAGCAGCUCGGAUAUGUGGUUUGGAGCGGCGCGCGCUACUCCGCCACCACUAUCGGUUACCGAGUGAUAAUCCAGAGUGAGCGUACGGCCGAGUAUCUGGAGUCGCGCAUCGACAACUUCCUGAUUCAAGCCGGGGAGACCUUGGAGAAUAUGUCCGAUAAGGACUUUGAGGGACACAAGCGGAGUGUAGUCAACAAGAGACUGGAGAAGCUCAAGAAUCUGAGCUCUGAAACAUCACGCUUCUGGAGUCACAUUGGCUCCGAAUACUUUGACUUUGUACAGAACGAGACCGACGCAGCCAACGUCAGGACCCUGACCAAGGCUGAUAUCGUCGACUUCUACAAGCAGCUUAUCGACCCCCGGUCCCCGACUCGCGGCAAGCUGUCUAUCUACUUGAACGCGCAGGCAGGUGGACACACACAUACAAUCGACCCCAAGGAACAGCGAUCGCAGUUGGUGUCGCUAUUUGGCAAGCAGUUAGAGACUGCCGGGUUUGCAGUUGACACCGAACGCUUCGGCUCAGUCUUUGAGAGCGUCGAUGUGUCUGCCGGCAACACCGAGCAGAUUCUGUCGGUCCUCAAGGCAUUCUUGACUUCCGAAAUGAGUCUUUCCGAGCAACAGGUUGCCCCUGUCCUGGAGCAAGCCAAACAGAACAUUGGACUUCACGCGAAGCAGCUUGGCAUUGAAGCCGUCGACCAGGACUCGAAGCCCUUGACCAACGGCACCGGUAAGGCCCAGGAUAAGCAGAAGGUCACCUACAUCACAAAUGUACCGGACUUCAAAGCCAGCCUGUCGAUGAGUGCGGGGCCUCUUGCGGCCACGGACCUCACUGAGUUUGAAGACUUUGACGCCAAACUGUGA